AUGAUCAUUUACAUCAUUGUUGCCGUGGUUGUGGUGGUGCUUAUCGCUCUCGUGCUGCGUCCGGGCGCUGAGGUGAACGGCGGCAGUCUCGACCUUUUCCUCGGCGAGAACAGCAGCGACGCCUCAGAUGACGACCGGAAGAACGCCCAAGAGGCAGAGGAGGCUAAGUACAGCGAGGUAUACACGGAAGAGGGCAAGCAGGUGCUGGUCCUCUACGCCACCGAGUACGGCUUCUCGGAGGAGGUGGGCAAGAAGCUCUUCGACCACCUUUACGCUCCGCCCGCUUGCCAGCCGCGUGUCGUCAACGCCCGCGACAGGGAAGUGUUCGACCUCAUGAAGGAGCAGGCCGUGCUGAUCGUCAGCUCGACGACCGGUGACGGCGUGCCCCCGACCGAUGCCAGGGACUGGCUCGAGGACCUCGUCGCCAAGGACAGGUCGUCGUACGACCUGUCGCACCUCCGCUACUCUGUGCUGGCGCUGGGCGACUCCAACUACACCCACUACUGCAAGACCGGAAGGACCAUCGACGCCACGCUCGAAGCGCUCGGUGCCAAGCGCGUUGUCGACAAGGCCGAGGUGGACCAGGAGGACUGGCCCGUGAUCGACGCCUGGUUCGCUGCCGUCAAGGCCAAGCUGCACGAGCUUGACCUCGAUGUUAGGGCCGACUACAUCGUUUCCAGGAGUGGUAGCGCCAAGCAGGAGAAGCACGGCCGACUCAGGCCCUUCGCGGCCGAGAUGGUCACCAAGUAUGACAUCACCGACGUCCCCCCGGAAGAUGACGAGGAGAGGAAGGUGAUCCAUGCCGAGUUCAAGCUGGAGGCCGAGAGCGAGCUCUCGUAUACCGCCGGCGACGCGCUGGGCAUCUACCCCCUGAACAACCCGCCCGAGGUGGCCGCCCUGCUGGCCGCCCUCGGCCAGCCCGGCGGCGAUUCCCUCGUGCCCGUGCCCAAGAUGGCCUACGAGCCCAAGCCCGAGAAGGAGAUGUCCCUCAAGGAGCUCGAGGAGCUCCUGCGCGACGGCGGCGCCUCGAUCAGCAAGAACAGGAGGCUCAAGGAGUACAUCGAGCUGCGCGAGGUGGCCGACGUCCUCGAGGAGUUCCCCUCGGCGAUCCAGCACAAGAAGGUGUCCGUCACCGACGUGCUGACCAACAUGAAGAUCCUCCAGCCCCGCUACUACUCCAUCUCCUCCUCUCCCGUCAUCGAUAAGAGCAUCGUGUCUGUCACUGCGUCGGUGGUGAGGUACGAGACGUUGGGCAAGAAGCGCACCGGCGUGACCACCACCUUCCUCUGCGAUCGAUUCGACGUCAACCAGAGGUGCCCGGUCUUCAUCAACAAGAACCCCGAGUUCAGACUGCCCGGAGACGGCGCCACGGACAUCAUCAUGAUCGGACCCGGCACCGGCAUUGCGCCCUUCCGCGCCUUCAUCCACGAGCGCGUGGCGUCCAAGGCCGCCGGCACCAACCUGCUCUACUUCGGCUGCAGGCACCGAGCCACCGACUUCCUCUACCGCGAGGAGCUCGAAAAACUGGACGGUGAGGGCAAGAUCAAGCUGAGGACGGCCUUCUCGCGGGACCAGGAGAGGAAGGUCUACGUGCAGCACAGGAUCGCCGAGGACAAGGACGCGAUCUGGAGCAUGCUCGAGGGCGGUGCCCAUGUCUACGUGUGCGGUGACGCCAAGCACAUGGCGGGCGACGUGCACAACGCGCUGCUGACCAUCAUCCGCGACAAGUCCGGGUGCAGCGACGAGGCCCAGCAGUACAUGCACAAGCUCGAGGCCUCCAAGCGCUACCAGAGGGACGUGUGGGUGUAA